AUGGCAAAGCAGACAAAAGCCAACAAGAAGUUCCUACGAACGCAGCUCGAUAGCACCAUCAAGCGUCGUCGCGAGCACCAAAAGAAGCGCAAGGUUAUCGAACGAUCAGCUGCGCAGAAGAAGCAGAAGCAGCUCCGCAACACCGGUAAGAAGAGUAAACAUGCACAGGACGUCCAAGCUCCGAAAGAUCUGGGCGAGUACGAGGAGGACGAAGACGUAGCAGAGAGGAUGGAAGCAGAUGUGGCAGCGGCAGGAGGCAAGUUCAAGGGCAUGAGUGUUGACGACUUUCUUGGAGGUGGAUUUAAAAGUGGUGCUGCGGAUGAGGAGGAUGACGAUGACGAUGACGACGAAGGUGAGGAGGCGGAUGACCUCGAGGAUGUGGAAGAGAUGUCGGAUGAUGAAGAAGAUGUUGGCAUGCACGCUCAGGAUUUGGAAAAGCUCAAAGAGAGGGAUCCAGAAUUCUACGCCUACUUGCAAGAGAACGACAAGGACUUGCUUGAGUUCGGCCAGGAAUCUGACGACGAGGACGACGGAGAUGAGGAGGAGGAAGAAGAGCAGAGCACAAAGAAAGCAAAAUCAUCUUCCUCAAAAGCUGCCGCCCAGAUCGAUUCUGGCCCUCAGCGCGUCACGCUCAAGAUGCUUGCCGGCUGGCAAAAGUCGAUGCUUGCCCACCGUUCUCUCAAAGCUCUGCGUCGACUUCUCAUUGCAUUCCGGUGCGCAGUCAAACCCGAAGAAGAAGAUCAGCGACCCGAAGGCGCAUCAUUCAUCAUCGAGGAAGCACGCGUCUUCAACAAGCUCGUCCUCACCGCACUCAAAUACACCCCCGUCGUCCUCCAACACCACGUCCCCAUCUCCGAGGAUAAGCACGGAAACGUCAAGAUCCCUUCCAACAACAAGAAGUGGAACCUCAUCAAGAAACCCAUUCAGUCCUACUUCAGCAACCUCUUCCAGCUUACAGAGACCCUCACUGAGCCUCGGAUGCUCGAGAUCGUCAUCCGCGAGAGCACACGCAUGGUUCCGUACGCAUUAUGCAUUCCAAAGACAACGAGGGGGUUCAUCAAGGUGGCGUUGAAUCUGUGGUCGAGUCAGGUGUCAGAAGAUGGUGUGCGCAUGUCGGCGUUCUUAACGUUGAGGAGGUUGGGUAUGUCGGGUGGUACAGCGUCGUUGGAAAACGUUUUGAGAGGUGUCUACUCGUCAUUCAUUCAGUCGAGUAGGUCGGUGAGCAUUCACACUCAGCCGAUGCUCAACCUGAUGAAGAACACUGCGGUCGAGCUGUACUUGCUGGACUCAGACGCGGCAUACACUCAGGCAUUCAGUUUCAUCCGUCAGCUCGCAAUCCACUUGCGAAACUGCGUCAAGACCAAGACAAAAGAUGCAUUCAAGGCGGUACUCAAUUGGCAAUUCGUUUCGGCCAUCGAGUUCUGGUCGUUGCUGCUCGCACGUGCAUGUGAUAAGGAGUCAGAACGACAGGCAGGAGUAGAGUCGCCGUUGAAGCCACUCAUAUACCCGCUAGUCCAGGUGGGCACGGGUGUGGUGGGUAUGGUUCCCAACUCCCGCUACUUCCCUUACCGAUUGCAUCUGCUCAAGUCAAUGAUGCGUAUUGUCUCGCGUACUGGCACAUACAUCCCGCUGGCACCCCUGAUCUUGUCGGUCUUUGAAUCGCCCGAGUUCCAACGCAAACUCAAAGGCUCCACGUCAGCACCUAUCGACUUUAGCACCACCUUGCGAGCACCAACACAACUUGUCCGCACACGACCUUACUCCAGCCAGCUUCUCUCGGAAUACUCGUUCUUGUUGCUCGAGUUCCUCGCUUCGCAGUCGAGAUCGAUUGCUUUCCCCGAACUGGUGCUGCCAUUGCAGAUUCAGCUUAAGCGUCUUUCGAAGAGCACAACAAAUGGCAAGUUCCAGGCUGAAGCAAAGCAGAUCUUGGACAAGUCCCACCAGACUGCGCUUUGGGUCGGCAAGCAGAGAGAUGCGAUCGACUUCACACCAAAAAAUCUCGACAAGGUGAAAGAUUGGGAGAUGGAGAGCAAGGAGAACCCGCUUGAGGCUAUGUUGAGGUUGGCCAAGAAGGUGCGCGCGAAACAGGAGGCCGUGAUCAAGGCUCAGGCUCAGGUGGUUAUGGAUGACUAUGAGAGUGAAGACGACGAUGAAGAUGAGGACGAAGAUGAGGAGGAGAAGGAGGAGGAGGAUGACGAGAUGGAGGUUGAAGAGGAAGACGACGAGUGA